AUGUCGAUCUCAGCCUCCACCACCGAGGCCCUCGAAUCAUCCGUCCGCCAACUCUCCCUCGCCAACAAUGCCCGCAUCAAAGACAUCCCCCGCCCAGCCGUGAAACCACCCGCGAAGAAAAAAGCCCCCGUCGUCGCAGACUCCUGGGAAGAUGAGGCAGACUCCGACUCCGACUCCGAACCCGCCCCCGCCGCUGCCACUGCCACUGCCAUCUCGCCCUCCGUCAGCGCCGAGGGUCCCCUCGAUCCGCCCCCGACGCCGAUAUCCCCGCAGCUCUCGCAGCAGGGGUUGCCGCUGUCCGGUGCGUCGCCGCCGAUGCGAGCGGUGGACGCCAGAUCGCCUGCGCGGAGGCCGGAGAAGCAGACUGCUGUGGCGGGGAGGUUGAUUGCGGGGGCGCUGGGGCUGCGGGCGCCGAAGAGGACGGAGGAGCAGAGGGCGUACGACCGGGCGGUUAAGGAGAAGGAGAUGAAGCGACGGAAUCGGGAGAGGGAGGAGGAGGCGAAGCGGAAGGAGGAGGAGGAGAGGGCCAAGGCUGCUGUGUGGGAUGACACCAGUGGAUGA